AAGCCGUACCAUUAUAUUCACACCGAGUGAUAGCUUGGGAGAACUCGUAUUUCAUCUUCAACCCUAAAGCCCCGAAGUGAUCGACCUGGGUUGAGAUGAGACUCUUUAUAAAGAGAAAAUGUAGCUCCAGUGCCUCCAGAUUGCCGGAAAUCAAAGAGAAUCAGAGUGGUCUGGGUAAGAAGAAGAAACCUCCGAGGAAUAGAACAUGUCACGCCAAAUUGUCGGAGGACAGGGAUUUACCACCGGAUAUGUGGAGAGAAAUCUUUGCGAGGCUGCCGGUGAAAACCCUGCUCAAAUUCAGGUGCGUCUGCAAAAAUUGGUGCUCUAUAAUCGAAAACCCUAACUUUAUUUCUAUGCAUCUUAGCAAUUAUCAAAACAAGCUGAACAAAAAUCAUGUAUUAGUUGUGGAAAAUAUUGGGAAGUAUGGGAUACAGGGACUCACUUGCACGAUUCGUGAAAGUGGCACAUUUAGGGAAAUCGCUCAAAUUCCACAGACCUCCCAAUUUUGCAAUAUCUUCGUUGGUAAUUGUAAUGGAUUAGUGUUAUUACUGUCAUCUGAAGAAUUUAAACCCAAUCCAGUUAAGAAAAUUGUAAGAUUGUGGAACCCUUCUAUUAGAAAAUCUGUGAUACUUCCCCCUUCAUCUAUUUGUAAGGCGGAUACAACAUAUUUUCUGGGAUUUUCACCUUCGAGUAAUGAUUAUAAAGUGGUCGCCUUUAGUUCAUGGCAAUCGUAUGCAGUUUAUUCGCUGAGUAGUAACAUCUGGAGCAUCAAAUCAGGGAAUUUGCUCCCUCUAUCUGUAUCAGGGGCCUCACGUUCAAGGCUACUAUAUAAAUGUCCUCCCUUUUCUCAAGGGGCUACACACUGGUUGGUUUGUGGUGGUUCAGUACCAGACAAAUAUACUCACAUUCUUUCCUUUGAGUUUGAUACAGAGGAUUUUCACACUAUUGAAUUGCCUGAAGCUAGUGAUGAAAUGAUCAAAGGCCUUAACACCCUCGGCGAGUUGUUGGCUGUUUUUGGUAUUUCGCACACAGAGUGUUGCAUAUGGUCUAUGAAAAAAGAGGGUGGAGAGAAGUUGUGGACUCUUACGUUACCCGGAGCUUCUUCUUUAAGUUAUUACAACUUCUUUGCAACUUAUCUUUAUCCUUAUACAAAGAGGUUUUACUGUGAUGACACUGGUAUAAUUUCACUACUGGCGACAGGAAACGCAAUGGCGUCUUAUAAUAUUUCAACCAAGCAAAUGCAGAGUAGUUUCUUAAAAUCUACUAAUUCGCGUGGUAUAAGUUUUAUGGAUACUUAUGUGGAGAGCUUGGUGUUGUGCAGAGGAGUCGAGUGCCAAACAUUGACUUUGUUCCCAUGAAAUGGCAGGGAAGCAGAAUAGUAGUUCCGUAGCUGACAGUGAUGGAGGUGAUAUAUGCUUCUUUUGAUACUCCGUAUUUUGCAAGGCAGCAGGCGCUGUUGUGCCUCUUUAGUUUAAUAAGGUUUUGUAAGUUGGUAACAGAAUGGUAACUAGCUUAGUUGGUGAGAGAUUCUUGUUUUGAUUGCAACAUUUUGUUUAUGUCAACUUUCGGGUGAUGGAAACCAUACUGGUGUGCUAAUGUUUAUGUCAACAUUUUGUUUAUAUCAACAUUUUUCAAUGAUGUAACUAGGUUAUUCCCCUGGGUUGUAUAGGUACUAGCUUUUGAUGCAGAGAGUGCAAAACUUUUAAGGAUAUUUUUAUGCUAAUCAA